AUGUCGCAGAGAACAUUUGUCGAACGGCUUCAUGACCGGCUCGCUCUCAACGAGCACUCUCGACGACUCUCGCAGCAAAAUACCCCCAGCUAUGUUCAUACGCCAGCUGGGAGUGCCGACUGCUCCCAGAGUUCGUUUGCUUUUGACUCUUCCCAGGGCGCAAAGGUGACAAGCUUGGAUGAUAUUCAAUCCGCUCAAUCCAGCGACUGGCCGUCGGACGAGAAAUACUACUCGCUAUCCAUCGACGGGCAGAACCUGCAAUGUCCAACUCCAAUACUGUGGAAGACUAUCCUCCUUCCAACCGCCGUCAUCAUCUUCCCGAUGGCAGCUCUUGUUGCGGGCUUGCUGGCUUUGAUCUUGGGCUAUCGAGUCAAGUCCGACAACAGUUUGUUUGUCGAGGUAUCCAACGCGGAAGCCUUGGGAGACCAUGCUGUUGUGCUGGUCAACUACUCAGCUACGAGGAUCGUCUUUGUUGCCUCAUGGGCAUCAACACUUGCUCCCUUGCUUUCGGGAUUUAUCAUGAGCUUGUCCGCCUUCCAACUUGCCCUGGCCAUGUAUCGUUCCUCUUCCGGGACCGACCAGCAUGCGCUGCCGACGCCUUAUCAAUACAGUCUUCUGGUGGGUCUAUGCUUGGCCUCGACAGGACGGUUGAGGAGAUACUUUUCCUACUCAAGCAGCGAUGGAGUCAUCGUCCCUCCAAUCCUCCGCCGGGCCGCUCGAACCCUGACUUUGUCUCUUGUCCUUGCCGUUGUCGUCUUCGGGGCCGACACUGCCCUGCAUUACACCACCAGCACCAUCAACUUCGACCGAAUCUCUGUCUCGUCAGACGUGCACAACUACGGGCGUGGACUGUCGUCCGAGUGUCUGGCCCUUGACCGUUCAGCCAACUAUGGCCUGCCAUGCUCACGCAAUGCAGAGCUCGCUGGAGAGGAUUACGAUGCCUAUGUGGCCGGCCAAAACGAGGUCUUCUUCUUGCAACAUGGAACAUCCAAUGAAUCUGAGAUCCGGCUCGUGCCCAAUCCGACAUCCCCCAAGGAGAAUGUGGCUCUUCUUCUACCGCAGAGUGAUCAUCUUUCACCCUUUCGUGACUUCCAAACACAAACUGCAGGCGUGAUCACCACCUGUGCGCCUAUCAGCUCCGAGUGCCAAUGGAAGUCAUGGGGUCCUUCAGAAAGCUACAGCCAAUUCAAUUGUAGCAAUGCAUUCUGGGGCGUCUUGGGCAAAGCAGCAAACAUAACCAACACAGGGGCCUUGAUCAGCGACAUAGACGUCCCACCGUUGGGAUUCAAGCCAGGUGCUGCACUACAGUAUGGCUUCUACAUGGAUGAAGAUCUCAGCAAGCCGUAUGACAGCCAGGGCAACUUGGGGCCGUUCAUGACGGACAACGAGCUCAUCAAUCCCGUCUACCUGGGCAUUGCGGGCCGGUUUGCCACGACGUCGCAACGGGCCGGCGUCAACAUGUCCGCUGACCCAGGAAUGUACAAGGGGCCGACUUCGACAAUCGACUUCGUCCUGCGCUGCGAAUAUACCACGUACCUGGCCGACUACAGCCGGGUGAACUCGACAGCCAAGAUCAACACGCUCACAAAAUCACCGAACGGUACGCUGGCCGAGAUAUACCACGGCUAUGACCUCGUCGGCAGUGUCAAUGCAUUUGACAACGAGCUCCAGGACAUGAUUCUACAAGCAGCACUGGCGUCUGAUGCGGGCGAACUGGCCGCCACGUUUGCCAGUAGCUACUCAACGCGUGUCAUGAGCGUCAUCGGCCCGUUUCUGUCCAGGCGCGCCAACGUCCGCGAACAGACCCGAACGCCUUUACUCGUGGCCAAAGUCCCCAAAGCUCCGCUCGCCAUCCUCGCCGCAUGCUGUCUGGCUUAUGUCUUGUUCGGGGUCACGGCCGCGGUUUGUGCCCACCGAGCGUUGAGUCGGGUUGACGUACGUGAUCUGGCCUCCCAGUUCAGCCUGCCGGCAUUGGGAUUACAUGCAUUCCGCGACCACGCCACGGACCAGGCUGCUUGUGAGAUCGAUGGUGCCGGACAUAGGCUGUUUGAAGAGUCCAAUAUCAAGACAGAGACGAUGAGGGUUGCUGUCGAGGGCGGGCCGAGGUCUGGAUACUCGUUGAAGAGUCUGGUUUGA